AGUAUAAUACUUACAUAAACAAUCCGGCACAUUAUGUUGUUCAUCGUUGGUGGACUUUUUCGGUUUUAAAACAGUUUUUGUGGAAAAAUAUUGUCAAUAAUCACGUUUUGGAAUGAUGAGUGAGGUUGAAGAUCCAGUCGAGCAGAUGUUAAAACGUACUGGUUGCAUAAACCUUCAUUACAAAGUUCAGGAGUGUAUAGCGGAGACUGGUGACUGGCGCAAGUGUCAAGAAGUAGUAAAAGAAUUCAAAACGUGUAUGCAAGAUUACACGGAAAAGCAAAGACAAAAAUACGAAAAGUAAACUGCGUUACGAUGAACCUUGUUAAAGCAUUGCUUACAUCAGCUAGUAGCGUGGACAGUUCGAUGAAAAUGGUUCUGAUUGUUCGGUCGGAUUUGGGUUUGCGAAAGGGGAAAAUUGCUUCCCAAUGUGCACACGCAGCGGUCAUGUGCUCCAUGCGUUCAGCCAGUGUAAACGAAGAGAAAUUAAAAUGCUGGUUGGCUCAAGGACAGCCAAAAAUUGUGGUUAAAGUAGAUGGAUUAGAAGAGUUGAAACAAAUAUCCACUUGUGCCCUUGAUCGGCAGGUGGUAGCGGAAAUG